CUUUACUGUCCACAGUUGCCAUAUGGCAACUAAAUAAUCAUUGGUCGUUCUGUACAGGUAGUCUGUGUUUUAGCUUACCAAAUCUUUUUGUGAUGUUGCUAUGGAUAUCUCUUUUAUUGAAUUGAAUGUUUUGAUUGGUUUGUUUUGUUGUUGGGAGGGAGAAGUGGCGGUUUGAGCAGCGACAGUUCAUCACAGUUUUCAGUGGCUUUCAUCGGUUGGAAAUUUUAUCGCUAAAAGUUUCGCAAAUAUAUUGGUUAUCACUGGAUAGUCUAUUCUCAAAGAUCAUAUUUGGAUGUGGAAGACGACAUUUAUUUGUCGACAGUUUAUAAGUGAUGGAGACAAGAUGCAAAGUGAGAUACAAUCUUGAGGAAGCUUUGCAGUACGUGGUAACACCCGGGUCUGACUCAGAGAUUUCCGAUCUAGAAGAUGAUGAUGGUGAAGAUCUAGAUAAAAUACAGUUAGAAAGAGAACCAUGCCAAGAAGCCUCUGUCAUGUCUGAUAAUUGUGAAAUUAUCGAGGAUGGAAUUGAAGAUGCAAGCCAAAGUGAUGAGGUCAACAGCGGAAAAGAAGGAAACAGUAGUGCAGCAACAAAGAAGCACUCUUAUCGUUGGAGUAGCCGUAAGCCACCAGUGACAGAUGCUACUUUUAGCGGCCCACAGUUUAGCUUACCUCCUGACAAUUUUGAUCAGCUUACUCCACUAUGGUAUUUUAACCAGUUCUGGGAUGAUACCAUGACCAAUCAGCUGGUAGAGCAAACAAACUUGUAUAGUGUCCAAAAGACUGGUACAAAUAUACUGACCCACAAAAAUGAAAUUGAGCAGCUAAUAGGGAUCCAGUUGAAGAUGGGCAUAGUAAAAAUGCCAAAAUACAAUAGUUAUUGGGCAGGUGAGACAAAAUACUCUCCUAUUGCUGAUGUUAUGGCGUUAAACAGAUACAGAAAGCUAAGACAGUUUCUUCAUGCAAAUGAUAACUCUGAGAAGGACAAUCCAGAGAGUAAAGGCAACAAGCUGUACAAGAUUGAUCCAAUUCUUCAAUCUUUGCGUGAAAAUUGCCAAAAAAUUGAGCAGGAAGAGUUCCAAUCCAUCGACGAGCAGAUUGUCCCUGCCAAGACAAAGUUUAGUGGGAUAAGACAAUACAAUCCUAAAAAACCCCACAAAUGGGGCUUCAAGAAUUUUGUGAGAGCAGGUCAGAGUGGAAUGAUUUAUGACUUUUUCUUUUAUACUGGAGCUGCUAGUGCUGGAGGUGAAAAAACCUCUGCAAAAAAUGUUGUCUUAAAGCUCUGUGAGAAUGUCUUGACUGGUUGCAAUUAUAAAGUUUUUUUUGACAAUUGGUUUGCAACGUUAGAUCUUUGCCUGGUUCUCAAGGAAAGGGGCAUUUUAACGACAGCCACUAUCAGAAAUAAUCGUCUUGCUGGUUGUACUCUGAAAAGUGAAAAAGAGAUGAAAAAGGAUGGAAGAGGCAGCUUUGGGUUCCAAACAGACCAGAAUACUGGGAUGGUUGUCUUGCGCUGGUUUGACAACAAGUGUGUUACACUUGUGUCAACAUACCUCAAUGUUGAUGAAACAGUAAAUGUCAAAAGAUGGAAUUCAUCUAGUAAAACACAUGUAGAUGUUACCUGCCCAAUGAUUGUCAAGGCAUACAACACAUCAAUGGGGGGUGUGGACCUGGCAGAUAUGCUGAUAGCAUUGUAUAGAUGCAAGAUAAAAACCAAACGAUGGUAUCUUGUAAUCCUUUUUCAUGCAGUUGACAUUGCAAAAGUGAAUGGCUGGUUACUCUACAGAAGAUUUUGCUCUCAAAUUAAAGUACCUUCAAAAAAACAAUUGCCCCUUCUGACUUUCACAGCCAAAAUUGCUGAAAGCUUGACAAAAGCAGGAAAGGCAAUGACCAAACCAUCAGUGGGCAGACCAAAAAGGAGUUCAUCCCAAAUGUUUGAUGAACAUCAACCGAAAAAGGGGAGAGCUCCAAAAACUGUCCUUCCAGAUCCUGAUUCAAGAUAUGACCAGCUGGGUCACUGGCCUUACUAUGAUGAGAAGAAAAAUAAAUGCAGGCUUUGCAAAACAGGCUACAGUCGUGCAUACUGUGAAAAAUGUAAAGUGUGCUUGUGUCUCACUUCUAAUAAAAACUGUUUUCGCGACUUUCACAAUUUGUAAUAGAGUCAAUUUAGAACACUUUAGAACAGUACUAUUUAGUGGAUUUUAGCUCUGAUUUACUGCUUUUGUAUGGAUGUAUGAUGUUUAUAAUGUUCUGUUGAUUUUAUGA